GGCAAUGUUUGAGGAACGGAGGGGGGACCACAAAGGGGGGGAACAGAGGGGGGACGACAAAGGGGGAGGGAUGGAGGGGGGACGGCAAAGGGGGAGGAACGGAGGGGAGAUGGCAAAGGGGGAGGAAGGGAGGGGGGACAGCAAAGGGGGGGGAACGGAGGGGGACGACAAAGGGGGAGGGAAGGAGGGGGGACGACAAAGGGGGGGGAACGGAAGGGGGAUGGCAAAGGGGGAGGAACGGAGGGGGGACGACAAAGGGGAGGGAAGGAGGGGGGACGACAGGGGAGGAACGGAGGGGGAACGACAAAGGGGGAGGGACGGAUGGGGGACGGCAAAGGGGGAGGAACGGAGGGGAGAUGGCGAAGGGGGAGGAAGGGAGGGGGGACAGCAAAGGGGGAGGAACGGAGGGGGGACGACAAAGGAGGAGGGAAGAAGGGGGGACGACAAAGGGGGGGAACGGAGGGGGGAUGGCAAAGGGGGAGGAAUGGAGGGGGGACGACAGGGGAGGAACGGAGGGGGGACGAGAAAGGGGGAGGGACGGAUGGGGGACGGCAAAGGGGGAGGAAGGGAGGGGGGACAGCAAAGGGGGGGGAACGGAGGGGAGAUGGCGAAGGGGGAGGAAGGGAGGGGGAACCGCAAAGGGGGGGGAACGGAGGGGGGACGACAAAGGGGGAGGGAAGGAGGGGGGACGACAAAGGGGGGGGAACGGAGGGGGACGACAAAGGGGGAGGGAAGGAGGGGGGACGACAGGGGAGGAACAGAGGGGGGACGACAAAGAGGGAGGGAAGGAGGGGGACGACAAAGGGGGGGAACGGAGGGGGGACAGCAAAGGGGGAGGAACGGAGGGGGGACGACAAAAGGGGGGAACGGAGGGCGGACGACAAAGGGGGAGGGACGGAGAGGGGACGGCAAAGGGGGGGGAACGGAGGGGAGAUGGCGAAGGGGGAGGAAGGGAGGGGGAACAGCAAAGGGGGGGGAAUGGAGGGUGGACGAAAAAGGGGGAGGGACGGAGGGGGGACGACAAAGGGGGGGGGACGGAGGGGAGAUGGCGAAGGGGGAGGAAGGGAGGGGGGCCGCAAAGGGGUGGGACGGAGGGGGGACGACAAAAGGGGGGGGGACGGAGGGGGAUGGCAAAGGGGGAGGAACGGAGGGGGACGACAAAGGGGAGGGAAGGAGGGGGGACGACAGGGGAGGAACGGAGGGGGGACGACAAAGGGGGAGGGACGGAUGGGGGACGGCAAAGGGGGAGGAAGGGAGGGGGGCGGCAAAAGAAGGGGGGACGGAGGGGGGACGACAAAGGGGGAGAGACGGAGGGGGGACGGCGAAGGGGGAGGAAGGGAAGGGGGGCGGCAAAAGGGGGGAGGACGGAGGGGGGCGACAAAGUGGGAGGGACGGAGGGGGGAGGAACGGACGGGGGACGGCAAAGGGGGAGGGACGGAUGGGGGUCCACAAAGGGGGGGGACGGAGGGGACGACAAAGGGGAGGAAAAGAGGGGGAUGGCGAAGGGGAGGAAGGGAGGGGGGCGGCAAAAGGGGGGGGCGGAGGGGGGACCACAAAGGGGGAGGGACGGAGGGGGGAGGAAUGGACGGGGGACGGCAAAGGGGGAUGAACGGAGGGAGGACGACAAAG